AUGGCAGAUGAAUCGGAAACAACCGGCAUUGACAACAGCAAUGACAAGGAUUUGGCAGCGAACGUGGAAAACCUUUCGCUAGCGAACCAGAAGGUCGAAAAACAGGAAGCAAAGAAAAUUGAUAUUGUACUACACGCCACUGGUAGUGCUCCAAUUUUGAAGCAGAAAAAAUGGUCAGUCGAUCAGGAGAAGCCUAUCAGUGCGAUUGUAAAGUUUAUACAUAAAUAUCUUAAAUUAGAUCCGGAAGAACGAUUGUUUCUCUACAUCAACCAAACGUUUGCACCGUCUCCGGAUCAGAUCAUCAAAAAUCUGUACGAAUGCUACGGAACCAACGGUAAACUGAUUCUUCACUACGCCAAAACCCAAGCCUGGGGUUAGAACGGGAACACCUCUCCAGCACAGCUUCAAUUUCGGCUUCAUUCCGUCAUAUAUUUUACCAAAAUCUUAGUUCAUAAUUCAUUUCUUGUAAGCUUAUUCUGAAUAAGAAUAAAAAUACGCCAUACUUUGCUUCGCUGCAGCACCUUUA